AAUCUUGGAGUCGUCCCUGAUUUCAUGGUAAUUCCUACCAAAUAGAGUGAGUGAAUGAUCAAACAUGGACAGAAAGGAUACUGAGGCUCUAGAGGAAGUGGACACACUUUUAAGUAAGUAGCCAUAAGAAGCAUUCUGCCCCUUUCCUAGCUGGCUCUGGUGAGAGGAAGAGCAUCUCUUGGAUUUCAACUCAAGAGGAGGCAGAGUUCUGGCUACCAGAUUCCGACUAGCCAUUCUGAAUACUCCAAGAAGCCAGGCCUUGUGACUUCCUUGGGAAGCUUUGCCUCCUUCCCCCCACUACAAUGGUCUGCUAGUGUCCUGGGGCCACCUGGGCUUGUGAUCCUCAGCCUGCCUUGCGGAUAGAGGGGAUCUGGUGGGAACAGCUGUCUUUCCUGCAGGAGAAGGGCAGCAGUGACUGUGAGAAAAAGGUGCCCAAGUUCAGAGCAGCAGAGACCAACAAAGGCUGUGUAAUGAAGAUGUCAUCAGUAAAGGGCGGGGCAGAAGGCAAGGUUACUAAGGAACAGGUGCCAAGGGACUCUCAUAUGCUUCACACCUUUGAAUAAGGUGGAUUGCUUUUCCCUUGGUAGUUUGAUCUACUGCUUACAAAAAACCCUGACCCCUCCCCGCCCGCUACCAAAAUGAGCCUUUGGCUUAUACUGCUGUUGCAGUUAGUACAGGCAACACCUCCUCAGGAGUGGGACCAGAACUUGGUCCAGCUGACUCCUGAGGCCUGGUCUACCCAAUCUAUGGGUAGACUAGAUGAGUUGCUCAGUGCGCUGACAACUGAAACAGACCCCAGUGGCUUUGAUGACCUGGGGUCUACAAAUGUUCUAGAUGACAAUGUCGUCUAUCCUGGUGGCUUCCCGAUGGAAUUAGAGGAACACCCAGGUGAGCUCCUGGAGCCCUUUGAUGGGGCAGAACCAUCUGAACUUCAGCCAGAGGACAUACCUCAAAGCCCCGAGACUCUUGAGGAGGGCCAGCCUUCGUUGCUCCAAAAAGAAGGCCUAGCCCAGGUUCCACAGCCUCUCAAGGAGACUACACCUUCUCCAAUGCUGCAGGGGUCUCCAAUUCAGAUCUCUGCUGCUGAAGAAGCUGUCCGGCAGCUUGUUCAAAACGAGAUCAGUGUUCCACGUCCACCGCUGCAAUCUACUUUGCCAAGCAUCACAGGGAGGCCAGCGGAUGUGAUGCUCACAAUUACGCUACAGCCAGGUGGUGAAGUUCAAAGUACUCUGGGCCAGCUGCAGGCCCCAGUUCAGCCUGCAGGGAUCUCGCAAGGGGAAUCCCCUCCCUCAAUCCCACAAGAGGCUCCAGCUCAGACUCCAGGCCCUUCUGUAGACCUAGAGCCUUUCCCGAGUAAUCAAGAGGAGUCUGCUCAGUAUGCUGAGCCUUCAGUGGAGGUGGAACCUCUAGGCCAGCAGGUGGCCCCAAUUCCUCCCGCUCCAGGCCCAUCUGUGGGAACAGAAUCUCUUCCAGGCCACCAGGUGACCCCAGCUCAGAGUGCACGUCCUUCUGUGGAGGUCACAUCUCCUCCCACCCAGCUGGAACAGCCAACUCAGGAUGCUGAGCCUUCGUUGGAGGCAGAACCUUCUCCAGGCCAGCAGGAACAGUUUGCUCAGCCAUCCGAGUCCAUUGGACCUGCUGAAUCUCCUAAAGGCCAGCCUGGGGAGGACACAGUUCAGCCUCCAGAGCACCAGGAGGAAAUAUUCGUAGCUUCAGCUCACCACCACUGGCAACAACACAUGGACUUACCCAACCGGAGCCAGACUCAACAAGUCACAGGCAAUCCUCUCAAUUUAUCUACAGAGGUCAAGCCUACAACUAUUUCGGUUACUCUAACUCGGCCACCAGAGCCAACUAGUGAUAUAGUAACUGUAGCAACAUCAACCGGAGUCACGGGUCAGCCUUCAGAUUCCCGAGUCACGGGUCAGCCUUCAGAGUUGGAGCCUAUCAAAGCUCCAGUCCCUGCUCCAGAGGUUGGCCCUUCUAAAAUCCUGAAGACUACAGCUCCACCUGCAGGGCAGUUUCCAACUUUGUAUCCUGAAGUCAAGGCUGCUGAGUAUGCUACCCGGCUAACUACUUUCAUUGAGUCAAAAGAAAGCACCCCCAACAGCACGGACAUCUGCGAGCUCUGUACCUGCAAAAAUGGAAUGCUGUCAUGUACCAAUCUCAGCCCGUGGCAGAAGCUCCACCAAGUGCCUGUGCCAGGAUCCUUCAGUGCCCACAAUGACACCUUCACCAUCUUAAAUUUCCAAGGGAACGCUAUAUCCUACAUUGACAAAAAUGUAUGGAAAGCAUAUCGCUGGGCUGAGACUUUGAUUCUCAGUGAAAAUUAUUUGACUGAAUUACAUAAGGAUUCAUUUGAAGGCUUGCUAUUCCUGCAGCACUUGGAUUUAUCCUGUAAUAAACUAAAAUUUAUUGAAAGGAGUACAUUUGAAUCACUCCCCUUUUUGACAUCUAUAAAUCUUGGUUGCAAUUUACUCACAGAAGUGAGUUUUGGCACAUUUCAGGCAUGGCAUGGAAUGCAUUUUUUGCAUGUGAUAAAUCUUGAUCAGAAUCCAUUGACAACUGUCGAAGAUCCCUAUCUUUUUAAUUUGCCAGCAUUAAAAUAUCUAGACCUCGGAAGAACACUGGUGUCAAUCAGCACAGUUGAGAACAUCCUCAUGAAGUCUCUCGAACUGGAAAAACUGAUCUUACCGAACUCCAUGGCCUGCUGCCUCUGCCAAUUUAAAAAGGAUAUUGAGGCUGUCUGCAAGACAGUCAAGCUGCACUGUUGCAGUGAGUGUCUGACAAACACUCAAUCUUGUGGUGAGUCUCAAAUGCCUGAACCAACGACGGGGAAUCCCAAAGCGGAAUUCCUGAAGAUACUGCAGGCCCGGAAGAGGAACACUAGCACGAAAUUGUAAACAGAGAAUUCAGAGAAACAUAAGUUUGGCAUUCUAGACUCUACAAGUGAGCGACUAGACUUAAAUGAAAAAGAUGUUAUCAGUUCACUAAAUUACGUAUUGCCUUAUUUCUCAGGCAGCAGUGUAGAAGACAUAGAGUCAGUGUUACUACCCUACAUUAAAUUGUUCUUUUCCAGUCCACAAGAAGAUAGAUCUGUGGAUCACUUGAAAACCAAUCCAAAAGACUUGUCUUUAAAAUCAAAUGAACGUAAAAUGAGAAAGAUCCACUUUCUGAAAAAUUUGAUAAACUACAAAAUUCAACAAAAAAUUGAUGACAUUAAAAAAACACAAAAAGCUGCCAUGCUGAUGCAGCAGGAGACAAUCAGGAGGAGAGAGAACGCGCGCCCCCUUGUGGAGGGCACCGUGCAAGGCCGGCUGGGGAGCGCAGGAGCCAGGGAGCAGGAGGAGCUUCAUGUGGCCCAGAGGCCCUGGCACCUGGUGGCCAACUCCUUCUACCCAGAGCCCCCACUCACAGAGGAGCACAAUGCCAGGGACGCCUCUUCCCUGAAGAGGUACAUCGUGGGCAGGCCAUCUGCUGCAGCCCGUGCAAAGUCUCUCUCUGAACCAGAAAAAAUAGCAAAAAUUAGGACAAAAAAGACAGAGGCAGCAGAACCAAGUUUAUAUGAUGGAGUGAAUUACCGCUUAAUUGAUCCUCAUGCUGUCUUCAGAACAUCUAAGACCAAAGUGGGAGCAGAACCAGAGUCCAGAGGGAAUUACCACCUGAAUAAUAUUGAUCUCUCUCCAGUGUUCAAAACCAAACGGAGACUGAAGAUGAAAAGGAAAAAUCCCAUCAACACAUGGAGCUCUGUAAAGAGGCCUGCGUUCCUUGCCCUACAAAGUCUCAUUGAUUCCCCUCCCCGAGAGCCUUCUCCCUCUUCUGGAGACUCGAGUUCUCAGGAUUUUCCUUCUCCGAAAGCGAUGGCUCUUCCAGUACCACAUGCAGAAGAUAUUCUUGAAGCCAGCCUUGCUGCAGCAAAUAACUUAGGAAACACUGUGCCAGAAGAAUCUCCCCCUGCCAGCACAGCCCAGGGGCAUCCAUUGGCCACUGGUUCCCCUGAGAUUGCCCCCACUGAGAAAAUGCAAUGGGGGAACCCUAACAUGGGCAGGGACAUCCCCUCCAUGCCUACAGGCAGUACUUACCCCUUGCAGUCAUCCCCAGGGCACCAACUGAACCAGCAGCUUCGGUCCCUCAUCCCCAAUAAUGACGUGAGAAACUUUAUUUUAAUAGUUAUCAGGACUCUGCAGAUGGACUGUGCGGACCCCCAGGUGCAGCUGUCCUGUGCCAAGCUCAUCUCCAAAACGGGCUUCCUCAUGAAGCUCCUCAGUGAGCAGCAGCAAGUGAAGGCCAAGGCAGAAUGGGACACAGCCCGCUGGAAAGAAGAGGACUACAUCAGCGAGAGCCCAGGAGGCCAGACUGAUGCAGGAAUGAUCGAGCCAAGUGAGCUCAAAGAAGUCCCAAGAUACAAAAUACUCAUCAUGGCAAUAUCUGUCACUGUAGCUGUGAUGAUCUUAAUAACGGGAGCCUGUCUCGUUGGGAUUUACUCUCACAGGGCAAGAGCCGACGCCGAGGAGGAGGACAUAGGAAAAGGUCUAAGCAUGAGCGAAGGCCCGGGCGAGAUGGCGGCCGCUGAGUCGACUGCCGAAGGAGAAAGCGAAGCCCCUGAGGAGGUGCUCACCGAGUAAGCCCUUUUGCUGGGGCUGCCUCCAUUUAUAAAAGCACUUCCCUUCUAAUAUUCGUGUGUGUGGUAUUCAUAAGCCAUCCCAGCCAAGAUGAUAAGAAAUGAAAGUCUAAGUUUUAUACAAAUCACAAGGCCACAGGCAAGAAAGGCUGGUCUGCAUCUAGAAGCCUCCGAGGUAGAAAAAUCCUCCCGUGGCGGCACCAUGGGCACAGGACGAACAGGGGUCCCACCACAUGCCCCCAACAGUCAGGUUCUAGGACAUGAACAUGUCAAACACCGGGCAUUCCAGUGCCUUCUCCCCUGGCUUAUUAAGAACCAGUCAUUUACCACAGAGGACCUGCCACACUGGC